AUGCUUAUUUCUAAGUAUCUCGCCGUACUUACCAUAUCAUCUGUCUUCUGUUUAAGAAAUAAUACCAUAUCAUCUCACCAUGGAAGGUGCUUGGCUCUGGACGAAGUGGAAGAUGAACAUAUCGUGAACUUAGAUGACAUAGAAACGAUACAAGGCCAUAGUAGUGAAUUGGAUAACGAAUCAAAUGACCAAUUAAAUGAGGAAUGGGGUGAAUGGCAGUUGACUUUUGAGGAAGAAUUUCAAAACUUUUUGCUGUCCUUAGAAAAUAAUGCAAGCGACAUGUUGCAAGAGGAAAAGAAUGAAUGGGAUUACUGGAUCGAAAAAAUGCAAAAUAAAUGGUCACGUUUUCAUGGAAUAAUGAGUGAAUCAUACAAAUCUUAUAUUUAUAAUAAAUCCGCAACAUGGACUGAAGCAGAUUGGAAAACGUGGAUUCACACUGAUUGGAAAGAUUACAUGGAAAUAGACUGGCAUAGAUGGAUAAAUGAUGUCGAAUACGAUUUAGAUAAAUUAAUAGAUGAGAGAUGGGAACAAUGGAAGACGCACCAAAUUAUGACAUGGUUAAUGAGUAAUUGGACAGAUGAAGAACAGCAGUAUAUUGAUAAGUUAGAAUUCGGAAAAUAUUCAAAUAAAAAAGAAAUGGAACAUUUUGUGAAGAGGUGGAAUAAAAUAAUUCAAUGGAAAACAGAAAAAUGGGAAAGUUGGAUACAAGAUAAAGAGGGUUUCAUCACAAACAUUAAGAACGAAAAAUGGUUACAAUGGAAAGAUGAUCAUUACUUUUUAUUUAAUAAUUGGAGAAACGACUUUAUUGAAGAUUGGAUAAGUAAAAAGCGGUGGUUGUUAUGGAGUGCAGGCAGAAGAAACUGA